AACUUUCAAUACCAAAACCCUCUGUUUCGAUCUAUUAUUUCUUCAUACACAGAGGAGCGAGAGGAGGCUUUUGCACUCCAAGAUGGUUCAGAGGCUCACCUACAGGAAGCGGCAUAGCUAUGCCACCAAAUCCAACCAGACGAGGGUCGUCAAAACCCCUGGUGGGAAGCUCGUCUACCAGACCUCUAAGAAGAGAGCUAGCGGGCCCAAGUGUCCAGUAACCGGAAAGAGGAUCCAAGGGAUCCCUCACCUGAGACCUACCGAAUACAAGAGGUCUAGAUUAUCUAGGAACCGGAGGACUGUAAACCGUGCAUAUGGUGGUGUUUUGUCUGCCGGUGCUGUGAGGGAGAGAAUCAUUCGGGCUUUUCUAGUGGAAGAACAAAAGAUUGUGAAGAAAGUACUGAAGAUCCAGAAGGCAAAAGAAAAGCAAGCUGCGAAGAGCUAAAGGAAUGAUGAUGAAUAUUCAAGUCUUAGGUUCAGUUAAAUUUUGACUUGUGACAGAUUACAUUGGCAAGUUUGUUUUGAAUUUCGAAGAUUGAGUAUUUUUGUCGAGGUGGCAUUACUGGAUUCUUGCCCUCUGAGAAUGUUUGUUUAAGAUAUUUUUGUUUUUUGGGAGACGUCUGUUAUUAAUUAUUCUGAAAUUCUCUUUGAUAAUAUAUUGUUAGAUCACUUCCAU